GAUCCGUAUGGCUGGGAUAAAUGGUCUGCAGGGGGUUGUGAGGAAGACGGUGAAUGAUGACCUACAGUCUAACAUCUGGGACCCCCAGCACAUGGACAAGAUCGUCCCCUCACUGCUCUUCAACCUGCAGAGUGGAGAGGGCACUGAGAGCCGCUCCCCCUCUCCCCUGCAGGCGUCGGAGAAAGAGAAGGAGAGUCCGGCAGAGCUGACGGAGCGCUGCUUCAGAGAGCUGCUGGGACGGGCUGCCUACGGCAACAUCAAGAACGCUGUCACACCAGUACUCAUGCACUUAGAUAACCACUCUCUGUGGGAGGGGAAGACCUUUGCAGUCCGCUGCUUUAAGAUCAUCAUGUACUCUAUCCAGUCGCAGCACUCUCACCUGGUCAUCCAGCAGCUGCUAGGUCACCUGGAUGCCAACAGUAAGAAUUCAGCCACAGUGCGUGCUGGGAUAGUGGAAGUCCUCCUGGAGGCUGCAGCCAUUGCUUCCAGCGGCUCUGUAGGCCCCACUGUGUUGGAGGUGUUUAACACUCUGCUAAGGCAGCUGCGUCUCAGUGUGGACUACGAGCUGACCGGCUCCUACGACGCCAGCGGAAACAUUGGCAUCAAGAUCAUCAAAACACAUGAGGAGAGACAGCUACAGGAAGCCGUCAUCAGGACUAUUGGGUCGUUUGCGAACACCCUCCCUACAUACCAGCGCUCCGAGGUCAUGCUCUUCAUCAUGGGCAAGAUUCCUGUACCAGGGGUACACCCCGCACUCACAAACGCAGGCUCAGGGGGUUGUGAAGGAACCAGGAUGAUCCAGAUCAUGCUGCUGAAGUCACUGGUUCAGGUGACGACAGGGUUCCAGACCACCAACAUGCUGACGGCGCUGCCCAACUCAUUCCUGGAGCCGCUGCUGUCCUUCUCUCUGAUGGAGGACCCGGAGGUCAGACUGCUGGUGCUCACCAUCCUCCUCAGUGUUAUAGACAGACACGACAACACACCCAAGUUCUCCAGCAUCAGCAUUAUAUCAGAUAUCUCUGUUCUCAAACUGAAAGUGGAUAAGUGCUCCCGACAGGACAACCUUUUCAUGAAAAAGCAUGCACAGCAGUUGUACCGCCACAUCUACUUGGCGUGUAAGGAGCAGAGCAGUGGUCCACAGCACUUUGAGACGCUCUACACCCUGCUGGCCCUCAUCAGCAUGGAACUGGCAAACGAAGAGGUGGUGGUUGACCUCAUCAGACUGGCCCUGGCCCUGCAGGAGUUGGCUCAAACCAACGAGGAGUCUCUGUCAGUCUAUAACCGCUGUGCUGUCCAUGCCCUCUCUGCUGCCUACCUCAACCUCAUCUGUCAACUCACCACCGUCCCCACCUUCUGUCAGCACAUACACGAGGUGAUUGAGAUGAGACAGAAGGAGGUACCCUUCCUUCUCCCUGAGGACAUCUUCAUAGAAAACCCCAAGCUCCCUGCCUCUCUGGAGAAGUUGGAGGGGGAUGUUCUGUUCCAGCAGUCUAAGAUCACAGAAGUCUUGGGGGGCAGCGGCUACAACACAGACAGGCUGGCCACACCCUACAUCCCUCAGUUCACAGAUGAGGAUCGUCUGUCCAAGAGGAAGAGCAUUGGAGAGACCAUCUCACUACAGGUGGAGGUGGAGUCAAGGAACAGCCCAGAGAAAGAGGAGAGGACUCCAGCAGAGGAGAUCACAUUUGAAACUCUGAAAAAUGCCAUUGUGGACAGUGUGGGGAUGGAGGAGCAGGAGAGAGAGCGCAGGAGGCAGGUGGUGGAGAAGUUCCAGAAGGCUCCCUUCGAGGAGAUAGCUGCCCACUGCGGUGCCAGGGCCACAUUGCUGCAGAGCAAACUCAAUCAGAUCUUUGAGAUCACAAUCCGACCCCCUCCCAGCCCGUCUGGCACCAUCUCAUCAGGCUACGGCCAGACCCAGAGCCGCUCGGUGCCCGUCUACGAGAUGAAGUUCCCUGACCUCUGUGUCUACUAGCCCUAAAGGUCAGGGGUCACCCUAGGAGGAGAGGGGAACAGGGGGUGUUGAGCUACAGCAGCCCUCGGUGUUAAAACAACUACAGACACUGUGACCUGCUCCCCAUUCUCAUUCUGUCAAGAGCUACCGACAUGACUGACCAUGUGUUUUUUGCACUGUGAUCGCAGACUAAACAAAGACAAACAAAAAGGCAGCAGUGUGAGAUAUCGACCCUUCAGCCUUUGCUCGGCCCCUCACCCCCCCAUCCUAAAAAUUCCCAUAUGACUGUCACCGGCUUGGGGUAGACUGUAGCCAGAAAGACCGUGGAGAAGAACGAUGGAUGGAUAGAACAGGGAGGAGAGAACAUAGUGAUCCCCAGUUUGAACCUUCUUUUCCCCCUGAUUAACUUACUGCAUGCCCACCACUCUAAACACCACCCUUGAUCCCAUUACUAGUGUCUAGUCGUUGUCCUAGUUUGUCCCUCACUGGAUGCAUUACUACUCAAAGUGCACCAACAACAAAAUGGCUAAUUGCCAAAUGUAACAAAAUCAAAUGUUCUCAUUAGUUUUAUUGUAUUGCAAUUAUUUAGUUUUUCAGUACUGGAAAGGGACAAUGUUAAAUACCUGACAAUGGAAGCUGUAAUGAAAAAUGUAUGGAAUCUAGUGUUUUAGUUUUCAGUGGGAUGACUACUUCUGAAACACUAUCCCCACUCCCUGCUCAGACCAUUCAGUUCUAAGUCAACGGUGCAUUGUGUUUGCUUGGUGCUUUUCAUAUCUUUUUAAGUUUUUAUUUGAAGUCUCUGGGGUGAGAACUCCAGAGUAUUUUUUUGUGUCGCUGCGUGUUAGCCGGGUGUGCUUUUGAUGCUGACCCAAAUGAUCUUAAUUUUGUAUUUUUUACCCCCUUGCUUUUUAAAUGUUGUAUAUUGUAAUCCAUGAUUUGACCGCAAAGGUUAAAGUGUGUGACGUGUGUGCUGUCCUCCGAAAUGUGAGAGUGCCCUACAGAUGACAGCAGAACUAGAUUCAACCAGUCCAACCGUUCAUAAAACCAGUCAUAGCUUUCCCACUAAGGAUCUGAAGAGUGUACAGUUAUGUUUACAUGCUCAAACACAAGCAUAUGGGUCGUUCCAUCAAUACGGUGCCUUUUGAGAUGUGAAACUUCUGAUUUCACCUCAUUGUUGUAAAGAGUAAGAUAUACAAAUAAUACUGUAUAUAGUAAGUGCCUAUUAAGUGGCAAAUAAAGUAACAGGAUUGACGAUUUCAUUUAAAUCAGCCACAAAUCCCAUUACAAGGGAAUUGUAAGCUUGUUGUGUGCAACAGGGAGGGGCAAUUGCAUGGAUUUGUUAAAACAUUUCUAGGCUGUCCAUAUGGGUCACAGGCUUGACGUGUUAUGCUUGACCCACUCAGUUUUCACCACAAAACACCAGAAAAUGGCCAAAAAGAGUGGAACCAGCUCACCUGCUCUGUUAUUACGAUUUGACUAUUAGAUGGUUAACAUUUCUUGAAGUUUUUUUUUUUUUUCAAAGGAAUAGUUUCA